CCCGAACUGUAUCCCAUAAGGCCCCACGGCGCCAGUGUUCUUGCAAGCGCAGCGGCCAGGGAAGGAAGGUCGUGAAGGAGACAGAGGCCCUCAGUCGCGCGCCGACCCGUUCCCCGCUCCGGCGCCAUGUUGGGUGCCACUGUCCGCCGCUUCGCCACCUCCGCCAUCCGCAGGUCCCACUAUGAGGACGGGCCGGGAAAGAACAUUCCGUUUUCUAUAGAAAACAAAUGGCGGCUACUGGGAUUAAUGGUAGUGUUCUUUGGAAGUGGCUUUGCCUUUCCUUUCAUUAUAGUUAGGCACCAGCUGCUCAAGAAAUGAAGAGGACAUGCUUUAAUUCCUAUAAAAAGACUUGAGGUGGAAUAUUGCCUGUAGAGCAAUUUGUCUUUCCAUGGAAUAAAGGAGAGAGAUAUUUACCACACUGGAUGUGUUUAUAAAUAAAAGCUUAAAUCUGAA